AUGGUAACGAUUGAAGAAUCCCUAGCGGUUUCGAAGGGCCUUUCGACAGAAAGUCAGAUACCGGAAAGCCCUACAUCGGCGGCACCCUCUGAAAAAGAACAAAUCAAUUAUAAAGAAAGUCUUGAGAAAGAGACCCCUAAACAGUGCGGUUGCGGAAACAAAACGAUUCGACGUGAAUUAAGCGAUAUCGAUAUUCUUGGGUUCGUUUUUGCCGCGGCGGCGUUCCUCGCAGUCGUGGUGGGAUUCUGGCCGUUGGUGCCUGAGAAGUGGCACCACCUUGGGUACCUCGCCAUCUUCGCCACGGCCGGCUUCUCGCUGGCUGAAAAUAAAUACCCCGAGGUUCGUGGCCACACCAAAAAGGGGCUCUGGGCGGCGGCUUCUGUGGUCGCCAUCUACAUCUUCCUUUUGAUGGGAGAUGGGAUGGGACCUAACGGGGCCAUCAGAUGGGCCGGGAAGGUGUUGAUCCAGAAGGCGGGGCUGGAGGCACCUUCGGGGUUACUUGACUCCACCACCACUCUUCCCCCAACCAUCACCAUCAUCAUCACUACCACCACUACUACUCCAGUGCCGACGGUCGUGUAUAUCAUGACUACGGCUUACCGCCCCUCUAGCGACUCCUCCUCCUCUUCUUCUUCUUCUCCUUCUCUACCCUAUACGUCGUCAACCCUUUCUACGGCUACUCGGAAAGCGUCAAAUAAGGGAUGCGAAUGCCCUGAUAAGGGCAAUUAA